AUGGAAGAAGGUCGCUCCGAUAGUGUGUACUCUAGCGGCGAGGAAGACACUUUCGCCAAGCAGAGCCUGUUGCGCCUGCGAAAUGCCGCCCGUUGGCGAGAGCAAAGUCAAUACGUUAGUUUCGAGCCGGCCCUUCUGCUAUUGUGCUUCGCUGUGAGCUUGUCAGAGGUCGUCCUUGCGAAUCACAUCAUCCUAGAGGCAUGCAUCGGCGAAGGGCUUGGCAAGGAAGUCUGCCAGCAUCUCAGCAACGAUACAAACGCAACCGAGCGAGCAAUGAUCGAGACGAAAGUGCAACCGCUCGCGGCCAACGUAACUCUGACUAUCGUUAUCAUAAAAUCUGUCGUUCCCGUGCUGAGUGCGGUUCUGAUCGGUGCUUGGUCGGAUCGAUACGGAAGAAAACCGGCGAUGCUGAUCGGUAGUGCGGGAUUGCUUGUCUCGUACGUUCUUUUGACUCUGCUCGCCUUCCUAUCAAUGCGGGUCACUGUUAGCCCGUGGUAUUACACCGCCGCUUAUCUUCCGCUGGCUAUCUUGGGCGGCAUGACCGUGAUAACCGGGGCCGCCUUUAGCUACCUGUCCGAUGUUGUGGCGAACGAACAGAACCGCACGGUGCGCAUGGGACUCAUGGAGGCGGCAAUGAUGGUCGGUGCACUGCUUGGAUUUAUCUCGAGUAGCUAUAUCCUGGAGUGGUUUAACGUUGCCGUCACCUUCGGUAUUGCUACCGGUGCGAUCGGAUUGGCGCUGGCAUACAUCAUCUUCUUCACAGAGGACAGCAUAAUACUGAGCAGCAGCCGGAGCACGGUUGAAAAACUGUGCGAUAUGUUUUCUUGCGAUCGCGGAACUGGAGGCAUUUUCUAUAUGUACACAAGACGAAUGUUCGGGUGGGAUUUGAAACAAUACUCCUAUUUUCAAUUUACCGACAUUCUUAUCAUAAUUGUGGGAAACGUGGUUGGAAUACCAAUUUUAAAGAAGGUACUACACUAUUCCGACACAACGGUGGCUCUCGUUUCAAUAACCAGCUACGCAGCAAACUCUUUAAUGGUGGGCUUCGCGACCAAAGGUUGGAUUUUAUACCUGGCAACCUCCUUAACGGUCCUGAAAGGCACGGACGGUGCUGCGCUGCUGACGAUUUGCUCCUCGAUUCUUCCUUCCGGCGAUAUGGCAAAGUUUUUCACACUAGCAUUAUCCCUCACCGCUCUUGUUCCGUUAGUGUCUGCUCCCGUAUUCACGUUCGUCUAUGAAAGUACACUGCAAACUGCACCGCAGGUGUUUAAUUUCGUGGCUGGAGGCUUUUUCGUUGCGGCACUAGUGCUGAUGAUGUGA